AUGGCCCACCUCCAGCUACACCACGUACCUUCCGUCCGCACACUUCCCAGCUCACUCGUUCUAUACGACUUCAAAAACGCUUCUGGGAUCGGGAGAGACGGGCACAAAACUGGGCGUCUUCUUGUGGACCCAACCCAUACGCCGGGGUUCGUAUCGGGGUCUAUAGAUUCGAGCAGUGUCCUGGAAGGAGAAGGUGUUAAGACGGAAGAUGGAUACAAGUCGCCAGGUUCAGCGGCAUUACGUUGUGGUUCCCCAUUAUUCACUGAGCCAGAGAAACAAGAAGGAGUGGACUAUUGGGAAAGGGUUCUUGCACCGGUCCAGAAGAAAGACAAGGCUCAAUGUGAUACGUGGAAGGAUGAGGUGCAGAACAUCCUAAUUUUCGCUGGUCUCUUUUCUGCCGUGGUUACUGCUUUUCUUGUUGAAACAUACAAGAACCUUCAGCCUGACCCGAACGAAACAGCCGUCCUUCUACUCGCUCGAAUCGUUGCUCAUCUCGAGAAUCAGUCUAAUGCGCCCGCGUCUCCACCUGACAGCGUUAUUGGCCCUUCAGAAGCCCCGUUCACUCCGAGCAACUCCGCAAUUCGGGUCAACGCCUUCUGGUUCCUCAGCCUCGUCCUCAGCCUCACGACCGUCCUUAUAGGAAUAACCUCCCUCCAGUGGAUACGAGAGCACCAGUCGUAUCCCGAAUACUUCUCCCCACAGCAAACCUUCACCCUCCUCCACAUGCGCACGCAGAUGCUCCAGAAGUGGCGCGUCUCGGCCUUCUUUUCGUCAUUACCACUUCUCCUUGCCCUCGGGCUCAUUUUUUUCCUCAUUGGACUCGCUGACUUCCUCGUCUCACUUGGGAUCAUGACCGUCACCAUUCCAAUGGUUUUCCUGAUAUCCCUAUCGCUGGGAUUCCUUCUUUUAACCACCGCUGUUCCAAGCCUUCAUACCUGGAUGCUGAUCUGGAAAGAGGCGCAUCGUGGAGGCACCUUGAAACCUCCUGUCCCUUGUCCCUACAAGUCGCCCCAGUCCCGAUUAUUCCGGACGUGUUUCGCCACGCUUCAUUACUAUUUAGCCGUCUUACCAUCCUCGAUGUUUAAUGCAGAUGAGCAUUCUGUGAAGUGGCUUCCCUACGCUCGACUGGACAUGCUGAUGGAUGCCUCGGAUUGGAUAAAUAUUGAUUUCCAGUGGAUGCUGAUCCGCUGGUGCUACUCGGCUUACGUGCUGUCAGGCCCUACCGAUUCCUUACCGGAUGCUCGAAGUUGGGAUAACGCCUCUGGACCUAGAUUUGUCUAUGAGGGGGUCGAAGGCUUACGGCAAGUCUGUGACGACUAUCACUUUGACUCGAGCAUCCAUGACGCCGCGUAUAACUGCCUUUCGCAGACUAUAUCCCUCAAUAUUAGCGAAUCCUCCUCUGCAGCAGCGCCUAUACAAUUGAAAUAUCAUGAGUCGCUAUUAAAAUCCCUGGUCGAGUUGCUCAAACGCCAGCGGGGAAGCCGGCGCGGAAAAUUAACACUUCCACUGUCAAAGCUCGCCGAUAUCCCAACGGACGUGGAGUUCCUCCUCGACGUUCUUCUACUCGAAUUCGUGGGUUUCUUCAAGAGAGAGAUGACGCUCGAGCUCCAUAUUCGGAGCAUCAAUUUCCUGCAGGAUUAUGCGACUGAUGAAACGCUCGCACAUUGGCGACAAUGCCUGUACUGGCGGACGACGGUAUCCGAAGAUAAAGCAGUUGAAAGACUGGAGGAUAAAUAUGUUGAAACCCUUUUCAAUGAACUCAUAGAACUGGAGAUCAGCUGGACUGUUCAUUUCGCCUUUCAACCACAAAGACUCGCAAAAGCGGUUAAACGUUACGUCGAGAUGCAGCCUAAGAUACCACCGCUCCGCCUUCUCCGAGCGGCCACCCGUCUGCGGUUCUGGAUAGAGGAAUAUUUCCUUUCAGAUGUAGGAGAAGAUGCCACCCCGGAGCAAAUGCAAGCUAUCCAAUCCCUCCUGGUUGCCGAUGCCAUUAUCAUCGCAUAUAAAGGCUAUGCACGGAGCGACAUCCCCGACGAAAUAUUUCAACUGGGCUUGGUGUUGGACUCGCUUUGCGAGACCAUCCUUUUCCAUCCGGAGCGACCUCACGGGAAGAUGGCUCUUCAGGUCCUUGAGACAACCUUUGGCCGGGGCAUCCUCGAGUGGCUCAUUCGGCCUGAUGUAUUGCAGAAAAUCCAAGGAACUGACAACGCGCCUUCUCCUGUGGUGCACUUCUCCAGUGGCAAAGAGAAAGAAGAAAUUUAA